AUGGGGUCCCAACAUUUUAGUACGUGCUUUUUGUUAGCACUUUGCAUACUAAGCCAAGGUUUGGCAAAGGGUGCUCUUGGCUUUGCUUGCAAUUGGGGUACGCAAUCAACGCAUCCCCUUCCACCACAAAUACUUGUUAGACUCAUGAAGGACAAUGGAUUCAACAAAGUGAAGCUCUUUGAGGCUGAUCCUGGAGCUCUGAAGGCUCUUGGAAAAUCUGGCAUUCAGGUCAUGGUUGGGAUACCCAAUGAUCUCUUAGCAUCCCUCGCUAGCAAUGUCAAUGCUGCAAUUGCAUGGGUUAACCAAAACGUGUCCUCCUACAUAUCCAAGGUUGGAGUCGAUAUAAGGUAUGUUGCCGUGGGAAAUGAAGCUUUUCUCAAAACAUACAAUGGUAGGUUUGUGAACUCAACAUUUCCAGCCAUCCAAAACAUUCAAGCAGCCCUUAUAAAAGCGGGCUUAGGCAGGCAAGUGAAGGUGACCACACCUCUAAAUGCUGAUGUGUACCAAAGUGAUAGUGGUCUUCCAUCAGGAGGAAACUUCAGGCCUGAUAUUCAUGCCCAAAUGAUCUCCAUAAUAAAGUUUCUUAGCCAAAAUGGUGGCCCUCUAACCUUUAACAUCUACCCAUUCCUCAGCAUGGAUGCUGAUCCCAACUUCCCAAAAGAGUUUGCAUUUUUUGAUGGCUCUGCUGCCCCUCUAGUUGAUGGUUCCAUAACAUACACCAAUGUCUUUGAUGCCAACUUUGACACCCUCAUUUCAGCUCUUGAAAAGAAUGGCUUUGGCCAAAUGCCUGUAAUAAUUGGAGAGGUUGGAUGGCCAACAGAUGGAACUGCCAAUGCCAACAUAAAGAAUGCUCAAAGGUUCAACCAAGGCCUAAUUGACCGCAUAGUCAAAAGGCAAGGAAGUCCCAAACGAUCCACUCCACCCGAUAUCUACGUAUUUGGAUUCAUAGAUGAGGAUAAAAAGAGCAUUGAACCAGGCCCUUUUGAGAGGCACUGGGGUUUUUUCAAUUUUGAUGGAUCCAUCAAGUACCCUUUAAAUAUGGGUGGAGGAAAAUCAUUAGUUGCUGCAAAAGGGGUGAGGUAUUUGCCAAAGCAAUGGUGUGUGAUGUCAUCUCAAGCAAAUCCUCAAGACCCAGGUUAUGCAGAUAGCAUAAGCAAAGCUUGCACAUAUGCUGAUUGUACAUCUCUCUCUCCUGGGGCAUCUUGCAGUGGGUUAGACACAAAGGGCAAUGCUUCAUAUGCAUUUAACAUGUACUAUCAAGCCAUGGAUCAGCGCAAAGAUGCAUGUCAAUUCAAUGGUUUAUCGAUGAUCACUAACAUAAAUCCUUCACCACCUCAAAGCACUUGCCAGUUUAAGAUCAUGAUCGAUCUAGGGAAGCAUGAAAAGACGUCCACUUCUUUGGCUGCACCAAAAUGGAACAUAAUAGACUCAAUGGUCAUGCUGGUAUCAAGCUUCAUGUUUACUCUCAUGUUGUCGCUUUGUACUUAG